AUGCCUACUGAAUUCAUUAGCAUCACUUUCCCCAAUGCCUCGACGGAGCUCGACCCGAUCAUUGGUGCGGGGGUUGAUCCUGAAUUUGUUGUCCGCUAUUCCCGAACACUGGACGACAAUGGCUUCAACUACACCCUGAUCCCGUACGAUUCGGGGUCGUUCGACCCGUUCACGCUCGGUGCAACGGUCCUUGCCGUCACAAAGAACAUCAAGGUUAUCAUCGCCCUGCGGCCAAACACUAUGUACCCCACUGUCGCGGCCAAGAUGCUGGCCACCCUGGACCAGCUGGGCAAGGGCCGUGUGGUUGUCCACUUCAUCGCCGGGGGUAGCGACGCCGAGCAGGCUAGGGAAGGUGACUUCCUGAACAAAGAGCAACGCUACGGCCGGCUGGAGGAGUAUAUCCGCAUCCUGCGGCGGGCGUGGCAGUCUGCAGACCCCUUCGACUGGGAGGGCGAGUAUUUCCAGUUCAAACAAUUCAGCAACCGCGUGCGGCCCGUCAACGGCACCAUCCCCGUCUCGGUCGGUGGCUCGUCAGACGAAGCCUACCGCAUCGGCGGUAGCUUGGCUGACAUCUUCGGGCUCUGGGGUGAACCCCUCAAGGAGACCAAGGAGCAGAUCAGCCGUAUCUACGCCGAGGCCGAUCGUGCCGGACGGGCGCCCAACGACCGUCCCCGCAUCUGGGUGACCUUCCGCCCCAUCAUCGCCGAGACCGAGGAGCUCGCCUGGGCCAAGGCGCAUCGCACCCUUGACCUCCUCAAGGCAAACCGCUCCCAGGGACUCGGCAAGACCCCCGCCAACGCACCCCCGCCCCAGAACGUCGGGUCGCAGCGUCUGCUCGAGAUCGCGGCCCGCGGCGAGGUCCAGGACCGCGCCCUGUGGUACCCUACCGUCACGGCGACGAACGCGCGCGGCGCCUCCACCGCCCUGGUCGGCUCGCCGCAGACAAUCAUCGACUCGCUGCUUGACUAUGUGGACUUGGGCGCCGAGCUGAUCUCCAUCCGCGGGUACGAUAACCUCAACGACGCAAUCGAUUAUGGUCGGUACGUGCUGCCGGGCGUGCGGGAGGCGUUGAAGAAGAGGGAAAAUGGUGCGGCACCUAGCAAUGGACAUGUCGUUCCUGUGGAAGCGGACAAGUCAUGA